UAUAGAUCUAGUCAAUCAUCGUUCCACCACAUCACUCGAUGCGAAUCCGUCAUAUCCUUCGAACACUCUACACAUUCGGCGUCACGACAUCAGCGCUCCGCUCCUCAUCGACUCACCUGCGGGGGACACGACUUCUCCAGCAAAGUCACACUACAAACAACCACCACUCCAAUUUCUACUCCAAAAGCGUCUUUAAAUCCAUGCCAUCGAUCCCAUUCCUAAGUUCAUUUUUCAGUACAUCGACUCCCGCAUCCGAGAAAAUGUCUUAUCCAGACCAGAGAUCUAACGAUGAGUGGCGUACGGUGUUGAAUAAAGAACAAUUCCGCAUCCUACGAGAAAAAGGCACUGAAGCGCCUUUCACCGGCGAGUACGAUAAACACCAACCGACCGAAGGCGUAUACACAUGCGCCGGCUGUAACGCCCCGCUAUACAAGGCGAACCACAAGUUCAAGUCCGGAUGUGGAUGGCCCGCCUAUUUCGACAGUCUGCCUGGCGCAGUCACCAGACAUACCGAUAGCAGUUUCGGCAUGGAGAGAACUGAGAUUGUCUGUUCCAAUUGCGGUGGUCAUCUCGGUCAUGUCUUCAAGGGAGAGGGAUAUCCGACCCCGACAGAUGAGAGACACUGUGUCAAUUCUAUCAGUUUGAAGUUCCACGAGAAAGAGGAUGAGGUCCAGAAGCCGGCGGGGGGUGAGGCAAAGUGACAUAUGAUAUGAUAUAAUAUAUGAUAUCUUUUUUUGAUUUGGUGGGCUGGUGAUGGUCAAGAUAUCGUGGUUGAAGAUUGAAUAUCAAUCAUGUUGCCCUUGUUUAGGUUUCGGUUCUGGAAAGGAAUCCAAAUGAUUCUUGGGCAAUUCUAGACAUAUCUUCAGCAACUGCAAUUGUUUGUUCACAAUCCGUAUCAAUAUGCACUUCCGAUAGUAUCCAAUCUACCCACCAGUCUGCCAAAUGA